CAGCCAGAGCAUUCAGAGCAGCUGCUGUUUCCUCUCCCAAAUGAAUAAUCUGGAUUGUUUUUCACUCUAAGGGAGAUGCACCACCCCAAAUGAUUUGGUACGAGUGAUAUCGCAGGUAUUUGUGCCAUCUCCAGCCUCAUUAGCUUGCCCUGUCUGGUGGAGGAGCCUUUAGAUCACUGGUGCUUGCUGUGGCCGGGAGCCCGAGGAGCCGCGCUGGGAGCAGCCUCUGCACAGCAUGUUCUCUCCACCAAAGAUCUCCCUGUAACAGGCGACGAUGACAAUCCCGGCAGGACCUUGGGAAGCACUAACAUUUCAGUAGCCCAGCACUCGUGGGUGGCCACUGUCCCCUCGUCUCCACAGCCCGCCCUGCCCUCGCUCACCGGGAUGCUGUAUUAACAGCCCAGCUUCUCGAUCUCCUCCCCCCUCCACUUUCGGCAGCUCUGGGAUUUGUAUGGCAGCAGCGUAACCGUGGAGAGGCCGGGGUAUCACAAACUUAUGGAUUUUGAUAAGAGAGGAGGGAAAGGGGAGCUGGAGGAAGGUAAAAGGAUGUCCAAGACGGGUGGUGGAAGAAGCAGCCAUGGAAGCCGGAGCGCUGGAACCAACUCGGGAGUCUUAAUGGUGGGUCCCAACUUCCGCGUGGGCAAGAAGAUCGGAUGCGGCAAUUUCGGGGAGCUCCGUCUAGGAAAGAACCUCUACACAAAUGAAUACGUAGCUAUCAAAUUGGAACCCAUCAAAUCCCGGGCCCCGCAGCUGCACCUGGAGUACCGCUUCUACAAACAGCUGGGCAACGCAGAAGGAAUUCCUCAGGUUUACUACUUUGGCCCCUGUGGGAAGUACAAUGCCAUGGUGUUGGAGCUGCUGGGCCCCAGCCUGGAAGAUCUCUUUGAUCUGUGCGAUCGCACCUUCACGCUCAAGACCGUCCUGAUGAUCGCCAUCCAGCUGAUCACGCGGAUGGAGUACGUGCACACCAAGAGCCUCAUCUACAGAGACGUCAAGCCAGAGAACUUCCUGGUGGGGCGGCCGGGCAGCAAGCGGCAGCACACCAUCCACAUCAUCGACUUCGGCCUGGCCAAAGAGUACAUCGACCCCGAGACCAAAAAACACAUCCCCUACCGAGAGCACAAGAGCCUGACAGGGACAGCACGCUACAUGAGCAUCAACACCCACCUCGGGAAAGAACAAAGCCGCAGGGACGACCUGGAAGCGUUAGGGCACAUGUUUAUGUACUUCCUCCGUGGGAGCCUCCCUUGGCAAGGCCUCAAGGCCGACACGCUGAAGGAGAGGUACCAGAAGAUCGGGGACACCAAACGAGCCACCCCAGUGGAGGUGCUCUGUGAGAACUUCCCAGAGGAGAUGGCCACGUACCUGCGCUACGUGCGGCGCCUCGACUUCUUCGAGAAGCCCGACUACGACUACCUGAGGAAGCUCUUCACAGACUUGUUCGAGAGGAACGGUUACGUGUUCGACUACGAAUACGACUGGGCAGGGAAACCGCUGCCCACCCCCAUCGGCACGAUGCACAGCGAGGUGCAGGUGCAGCCCCCGAACAGAGACAAAGCACAGCCCCACACCAAACACCAGGUGAUGAGCUCCACCAACGGUGAACUGAACACAGAUGACCCCACGGCCGGACACUCGAACGCCCCCAUCACAGCCCCCACCGAGGUGGAGGUGACAGACGAUACAAAGUGCUGCUGUUUCUUCAAGAGAAGGAAGAGGAAAACCACCAAGCGUCGCAAGUGAGCUGCGGCUGUGUCCCGUCCCGUCCCCGCGCCAGGCGCGACCCCGCGGAGCAGCGGCCCCGGCCCGGGGGGCUGUGCCGGGCGCCCCCCAGCGCCCGCGGCAGCGCGACCCCCCAAACUGCUUCUGCUCCGCGUCGGGGCCGCUCGCUCGAACCGACCGCGCUGAGGUUCCUGCGUCCGGCACCAAGAGAAACCACAAACAAAAAGAACCAGAAUCCCCCUCCCGGGGCGGCCGCGAGCGGGGCCGGGGCGGCCAGGCUGGGGGCUGAGCUGGGAGCUGAGCUGGGAGCUGAGCUGGGAGCUGGGCUGGGCUGGGCUGGGCUGGGCUGAGGCCCCACCCCAGGGAUUCCGUUUCAUUGGUUUUUCUUCUUCUUUAUUUUUUCUUCUUUUUUUUUUUUCCUUUAUUUUUUCUGUUGCUUCUUUGUCUCUUUAAGUUAAUUUAAAAGUGAGUCUCGGUGCAGUCGCUGUGGUCGCUCUUUGCUGAGUCCCUGCCCCUCCCUCACCUCCAUCCUGCUCCUCCCCAGCUCCCCCGGCCCGGCCGGGUCCCCCCUCGUUUGGUGGCCGAGGUUGGGGUGUGGGGAGGAGACGCCUCAGCAGAGUGUUCCUGCCGCAGCGACGGGCGCUUGUUUUCAGCCUCUCUGGUCCCGUGUGGUGCCCGGGGGCUGCCGCGGGCACGGGGUGGCACAGGGUGGGCUGUGGCCGUGGCACGGGCAGUGCUGGCAGCCGGGGAGCAGCGGGCAUGGGGCUGGAGCUGUGUGGCCACUGUGGCCGGGGCUCAGGCAUGGAGGGAGCGCUGGAGAUUGUGCAGCUGACACAGGGACGGACACAAGGACACACGGAUACUCCCUGCUCCUCACUGCAGUGUCCCCACACACCUGACCCCCUGCACUCCUGUGUGUGUUGACUGUGACCCGUUUUGGGGUGGGACACACACCCCUGAGGGGGCUGAAGGCCCCGAGUCACAGGAGGGGGCUGGUUAUUGACCCCAGCUUUGGCUUCUCCAGGGGUGCAGCUGGGGAGGGAGGGGGGGAACGUGCGACCUUUGACCCCUUUUCCCCCAACUGACCAAAAUUGUUUGGAAAUCGCCUUAAACUGUCCCUGUGAGCGGCCCCGAGAGCAGCGGCUCAGCCCAGCCCGGGCAGAGGCUGAGGAGGAGCUGGGGAGGGGAGGGAAGGGCCGUGAGGACGUGCCCACCCCCGUCCCCCCGAGGAGCCGCUGCUCGUCCCGAUCGGCUGUUCCAGCGCGACUUCAGUUAACUGCUUUGAAACAAAACUGUACAGCAAAUGGCGUUCCCAGGGCUGCUGCUCCCUGGAGCCACAGCAGCGAGGGGCUGGAGCUUUUUAAUAAAAACCAGGACAAAAAUAAAACACAAAUGUCUGAAA